AUGCUCUACGCAGUUCAAUGGGCUCAGCAAACAACGCAGACGCAGCAGACCAUCGUGGCUCAAGAGCUCUUCACCUCUUGGUUUGGUAUUAAGUUUGACGGCACUGGAGCGCUCCUUGCAGAGAGUGCUACUGCUUGGGCUGUUGUCACAGAACCCUACGCGACAGUGCAACAGGUGUAUGGCGACUGGGCGACCUACAUAGGAGGUACACAACAACCAUACUACGUUCCAUCAUUGGGCGAGUACUAUCUUCUAUCCCCCACGACUUUCAGUGCGAGUGCUUUGUGUUCCGAUACCAGUGGGUUGCAAGGGCUUAACUCCUUUGGCAAUGCUGCAUCCCUGAAAAGUAUAACACUCAAUGGCUUGAAUUAUCCCGUUUAUCGAAAGGCACUCUCGGACUUUGUUUUGAUUUGCCCCAAUAGGCUGGGGGCCAGCACGGUCAGUGAUGCCUCGGCUGGUAAUAUCCUGCUGAGUGAUAUUGGAACUCUUACCGUGUCCGCGGAUGUGCUCGACAGGACACAACUAUCGUAUGUCAAGCCCAUGUCCACUGUGAUGCUUCAUGAGAUCUUGCACAUGGUGACCAGGUGGGAUGUAACCACAACCGGUACGAUAGACGGACAAAAUAUGAUUGUUGAUCAUACUUGUGAGUACGACCCUUUGAUGAUCUAUAUAACAAAUGCUGAUUGUUCAUUCACACGCAGAUGA